GCCAAGCAGCCUUCUCUGCGGGCGGUCCUCCGGGACCCCAGUGCCUGCGAGGGUCUGCCGGGGCUGGUAGAAGAGCAGGUCCGCGUUUGCCGGCGGCAGGUGGGAGCCAUGGACGCGGUGAAGCGAGGUGCGGAGCUGGCCGUCGAGGAGUGCCAGCACCAGUUUCAGUCUCGCCGGUGGAACUGCUCCAUGCUGCAGGGGCUGCAGGUCUUCGGCAAGGUCGCCAUCCAAGGCACGCGGGAGUCUGCUUUCAUCCACGCCAUCUCCGCCGCCGGCGUCGCCUUUGCUGUGACUCAUGCCUGCAGCCGUGGGGAGCUGGAGAAGUGUGGCUGUGACCGCAAGAUCCGAGGAGUCAGCGCCGAAGGUUUCCAAUGGUCGGGCUGCUCUGAUAACCUGUCUUACGGGAUUGCCUUUUCUCAAGCCUUCGUAGACAACCCGGAGAGGAGCCACGGCAUCUCCUCCAGCCGAGUGCUCAUGAACCUGCACAACAAUGAGGCUGGGAGGAAGGCUCUCCUGGCCCACAUGAAGGUGGAGUGCAAGUGCCACGGCGUGUCGGGCUCCUGCGAGGUGCGCACGUGCUGGAAGGUCAUGCCUCCCUUCCGCAAGGUAGGCAACGUCCUCAAGGAGAAGUUCGAGGGGGCGACGGAGGUUCACCCCAAACAGGUCGGUUCCCGCAAGCUCCUGGUGCCCAAGAGCUCUCGCUUCAAGCCCUACACGGCUCACGACCUGGUCUACCUGUUGGCCAGCCCAGACUUCUGCAACCGGGACCCCCAGCGCGGGGUCUUCGGCACUUCUGGCCGCCAGUGCAACCGGACAUCCCCGGCCAUGGACGGCUGCGAGCUCCUGUGCUGUGGCAGGGGCUUCCACACCGCCCAGGAGGAGGUGGUGGAGCGGUGCAGCUGCAAAUUUCGCUGGUGCUGCUCCGUCAAGUGCAAGCAGUGCCGGCACCUCGUGGAGACGCACAGUUGCCGCUGA